UGUCAAACUCCACUCCAUUUAUCCUCCUUUUUCUGAUCGACUGGUCCCUAGACCACUUCACCAACCCAAGGCAUAGCUACGUUGCCAAUCCAUCCUGUAGACGUUCGACCUUGUUUUCACUGGAAUUUGCAACUUCAGCUAUCUUAUCAGGUGGGGUCAUGUUGUGCAACCGCCACAUCAAUAAGCAAGGACAGUAAACAAAAUCAACUUUGUUUGCUAAUUCUGAAAAUCUCUGCAACAAUGACUUAUUCCAGUAUUCUUGCUUGAUACAAUUGUUCUUGGAAUGAUAUAGCGACAAAGAGAAAGUCUCAGACAUUGAUCUUGACAGACAGAAAUCAGCAAUGGUUUAUCCGGUCCAGCUAUUUGCUCACCUAUGUCUCACACUGAUAGCUCUCUGUUUGUUUCCCACGGUGUCGGAAGGCACGUACUCGUUGCUGAGCUGCGGCACCACCAGCAAUUCCAGUGAUUCCCAUGGACGAACAUGGUAUGGGGACGCUAACUAUGGGUUAGAAUUUCCUGGCUUUUCAGCCAAGGCGCCAUACCAGGACCGUUCACUUCCCUCCCCAGUACCUUAUAUGACUGCUCGCAUUCUCACUUCGAAUUUCACAUAUCCUUUUAAUGUUGACCCUGGCCGCAUGUUCCUUCGGCUCUACUUCUAUCCAACUUCUUAUGGUGAGCAUUCUGCUGCAGAUGCCUUGUUUAGUGUCACUGCAGGGAUCCAUAGCCUUCUAAAUGACUUCAAUCCAGCCCAGACUGCUAAGGCCAUGGGUCGCACUUACUUCAUCCGUGAAUACUCCUUGAAUGUUACUUCAGGUGAUCUUAAUGUCACAUUUUCCCCAUCACCACACCAUGCUGGGUCUUAUGCGUUUGUGAAUGGCAUUGAGGUUGUGCCUACUCCUGACAUUUUCACGAUACCGGUGCCAAGAUUUGUGAAUGGUGGGAACCCAGAUUUAAUCCCGAUUUCCUCUAGCAUAGGCCUUGAAACAAUGUACCGUCUUAACGUUGGGGGUGGGACUCUCCCUUGGCAAUACGAUUCUAGUUUUUACCGCUCAUGGGAAGAUGACGCCCCCUAUAUUUAUGGAUCUUCAAGUGGCGUGACUUUUUUAAAAGACAGCAAUCUCACAAUCAGUUACCCACUUAGCAUGCCGGAUUACAUAGCACCGGUCUAUAUCUAUCAGACAGCAAGAUCUAUGGGGACAGAUGCACGUAUCAACAUGAGGUACAAUCUUACAUGGAUUUUGCCUGUCGAUGCAGGGUUCUACUACCUUUUGAGGUUCCAUUUCUGUGAGAUCCAGUAUCCAAUGACCAAGUUAAACCAGAGGAUAUUCUUCAUAUACAUCAACAACCAGACAGCAGUGGGGCAGAUGGAUGUCAUUGCUUGGAGCGGAGGAAUCGGUAUACCAGUUUACACCAACUACGUCGUUGUCACAGUUGGUCAUGGUCAGACAGAUCUGUGGGUAGCACUCCACCCUGAUCUCAGUACCGGUCCAGAAUAUCAUGAUGCAAUUCUAAAUGGCCUGGAAGUCUUCAAGCUACAGGAUAACAGCAAUAAUAAUCUUGCUGGUGUCAACCCUACACUCAAGCAACAUCGUGAUGGGACAGCACCUCAUGGUCAAGAUAAAACAAAUGCUAGAAUCCCAGCAAUCGUUGGAGGUGGAGCUGCUUCUGGUUUCUUGGCUCUGUUGGUUUCCAGUUUCUGCAUUUAUGUUAUGCACAGGCGGAAGAAAACUAACUACACUGAUGGCAAGACCAACGGGAAUCCUCCCAACGGAGACAGAGAAUUGCUAUUGGCCCCCUCACCCUUGAAGGAUUUGGAGAUUUGCCACCACUUCUCGUUGAUGCAAAUCCAGGAAGCCACCAACAACUUCGAUGAGGCCUUUCUCCUAGGCAAAGGUGGGUUUGGGAAUGUAUACCACGGUCAGAUAACCGGUAAGAAGAAGGUGGCAAUCAAGCGUGGUAACCCGCUGUCCCAGCAGGGCAUUCAAGAAUUUCGGAAUGAAAUCGAGAUGUUGACCAAUCUCCAGCAUCGCCAUUUUGUGUCACUAAUUGGCUAUUGCGAUGAGGAGUCCGAGAUGAUUUUGCUGUACGAUUACAUGGCCAAUGGGACACUUCAGGAGCACCUGUACAACACCAACAAACCUCCAUUGCCAUGGGAGCACCGCCUUGUCAUAUGCAUUGGAGCCGCACUGGGGCUGCACUACCUGCACACCGGUGCGAAACAAGCCAUCAUCCACCGUGAUGUGAAGAGUACUAACAUUCUGUUAGAUGACAAGUGGGUGGCAAAGGUUUUGGACUUUGGGUUGUCUAAGGCUAGUAAAGACGUGGACAAUACCCACGUGAGCACUGUUGUGAAAGGCACCUUUGGAUAUCUAGAUCCUGAGUACUUCCGGCGGCAGCGACUCACCAACAAAUCAGAUGUGUACUCCUUUGGGGUUGUUUUGUUUGAGGUGCUGUGUGCACGUCCAGUAAUAGACCCUGAGCUUCCCGAGGAGCAAGUGGUCUUGCGUGAGUGGGCGCUGUCUUGCCAGAGAAAAGGUGUGCUCAGUGAUAUCAUCGACCCCUAUCUUAUGGGUAAGAUCACCCCCCAGUGCUUCAGAAAAUUUGCAGAGACUGCAGAGCAAUGUGUUGCUGAACAUAGCGUGGAUAGGCCAUCUAUGGGUGAUGUUCUGUGGAACCUCCAAGUCGCACUACAGCUGCAGGAGGAGGACUGCAAUAUCUCUGAGGAGCCACCAUUGUUGAACAUGUCAUCACUCAUGGCCCCCAGGCUGCGACCAUCUUCAGGUUCAACAAUGAGCAUCUCAGGACAGAAAGCUGUAUUCUCAGAGAUCAUGCAUCCAGAUGGCCGAUAAGACGGAACUCCUGCACGUUCGGGACAUUUAGUUAUGAUCUGCUAAUUUUGUAAAGCUGGUAGAUUAAGAUUUACAGGUGGAUUUGCUCCUUAUGUACUAGCGGGUCUGCUGUUUAGCAGUUUCAUAUAUCUGUCUGCGCAACUGUACAUUCUCAUUACCUAAUUGAUCAUACUGUAAGUUGUUGAGCUGAUAUAUGUACUAUGAUGUAGCUCAAUCUUUCCAUAUUUUGUGCCCAGACAUACAUGAAAGUAUCAGGCCACAUCAAAGAUCUCCCUUUCUUAA